AUGGUUCAUGCUGUGGAAGGAUCAUACUGGGUCUACGCACCUACCAAGGGCGUUUCUGCCGCCUUUGCAAUUUUGUUCUCCAUUUCAGGGGCCCUGCAUGUGUGGCAGAACAAUCUCAAGUACAGAUCCUGGCGCAUCGGAUUCCUCCUUCCCUGGGCAGCGCUCCUGUUCAUCGCGGGGUUUGCGCUCAGAGAAUAUGGGGCUUAUCACUAUGACGACCUGGACGUAUUUAUCGCAAGUGCAGUCUUACUCUUUGUGGCACCUCCGGUCUAUAAUGGUGCAAACUAUUUCAUCUUUGGAAGAAUACUCUACUACUUGCCAUAUCUUUCCCCUCUGCAUCCGGGACGAGUGUGGACGACUUUUAUUGCACUCGACACAAUUGAUGGCAUCCUCGCAGGAAAUGGGGCGUCUAGAGCGGCCAACUCCAGCAACAGCAUAUCCAGCAUCAACACUGGUAUCAUCCUGGUCAAGGUCUCGCUCUUCUUAUUGCUCGGAAUGAUGCUAGCCUUCCUUUACCUCGCCAUGGUCUUCCACCGUCGAUGCCUCAAAGCUGGCGUCUUCAACCACAAGUGCAAGGUCAUUAUCUACGAGCUGUACGCGUCUUGCUUCUUCAUCCUCAUUCGCAAUACCUUCCGCACUGCGGCAUUUUUCUACCCUCCGAAUUCAGCCGCGAAUGGAGACGAGGUGCUCUUCUGGAUGCUUGAAGCGCUUCCCAUGCUGGCAAACACCUUCCUCUUGAAUAUAUUCCCCCCAGCCAAAUAUCUUCCGGCCAAUCACAAAAUAUACUUAGCCGUGGAUGGCAAAACCGAGAUUGAAGGGCCAGGGAUGGUGGACAAGAGACACUUCUUGCUUACCCUCUUUGAUCCCUUUGACAUUGGAGGCCUGAUUAGAGGUGAUGAUAACAAGAAUAAGUUCUGGGAGAGAGAUGGCAUCGGUGGACCACAAGAGUCGGUCUCCUCCACAGGCGAGCUGCGAACGAGGGAACACGUUGAGUGCGGGAUGAAGACUUCUGCACGCGAUCAUCAAGCACCUGAUUGA